CACCAUGCCACGCAAUACCAAAGACACCACCGGAGUGCUUUACGAAUCCGAUGUCGAGACAGUAGACGGUGGAUUGUCGACGGAGCUAAGCAAUCGGAAGACCACCGAUGGAAGUAAACUGGAGUUGGUAUGGGUCAAUAUAGUGCUGUUCGUGAUCCUUCACAUAUCUUCGCUAUAUGGAGUCUGGCUGCUCUUCACUUCGGCCACGUGGACAACGGUCGUGCUCUUUUGGCCAACGGUUGUGGUGACCAUUUUGGGAGUUUCCGGCGGUGCCCAUCGUUUGUGGGCUCAUCGCACAUUCAAGGCGAAUACACCGCUCAAGCUGAUCUUUUUGUUCCUGAACACUUUGGCCUUUCAGGAUGCGGUCUACUAUUGGGCCCGGGAUCAUCGCGUCCACCACAAGUAUACGGAAACUGAUGCGGAUCCGUACAAUUCGCAACGUGGUUGGUUCUUUGCCCACAUCGGUUGGUUGUGCUGCCGCAAGCAUCCGGAGGUUGUGGAGAAGGGCAAGCAAAUAGAUCUAUCCGAUCUGGAGGCAGAUCCACUGAUCAUGUUCCAGAAGAAAUACUACCUGCUGCUAAUGCCAAUCAUUUGCUUUGUCCUGCCCACCGUUUUGCCCAUGUAUCUGUGGGGCGAAUCACUCAAUGUGUCCUGGCACGUGAUGGCCCUGCUUCGAUGGUGCCUCAGUCUCAAUCUCAUCUGGACGGUCAAUAGCUCGGCCCACAUGCACGGCAUGCGGCCUUACGACAAGAACAUAUGUCCAGUCGAUCAGGGCUUCCUCAUAUUUUUCCGUGUGGGUGAGGGAUACCACAACUACCACCAUGUCUUUCCCUGGGACUACAAGAGCGCCGAGCUGGGCAAGUAUUCGCAGGAUGUGACCACCAAGUUUAUCGAAUUCAUGGCCUAUUUGGGUUGGGCCUACGAUCUAAAGAGUGUCUCACUGGAUUUGGUCAAGCAGCGAGUCCAGCGCUCUGGCGAUGGAUCACAUCCUGUUUGGGGUUGGGGCGAUAAGGAUCAAUUAAAGGAGGACGUGGGCGUGACCACCAUUACCCACCAGCGAAAUGAAAAGUAAAAGACGGACUACUUGAAGACAUUAUCUAGACAUCUAGGGCAUCAAUAGGCAUAAUGAAAACGAAUGGUUGCGUUUCCUUGCAAUUCGAAUUAGGAAUUGAAUUGUUGCUCGACUUUGAUAUAACCCACUGACUUUGUUUUUUAAUUAUAUACUGCUUUAUUAUUAGUACUAAAAUGUAAAAAAAAAAUACUAAUCAUAUACACUACUGUUUUUACCGAAAUAAAUGAGAUAACUUUCUUU